CUCUCUUGUGUUAAGCUCUUGAGGCAGACAGACAGAGAGACACACACGCAUACGAAGAGAGACAUGGUCUGACGGGUCUGUCUGGACCCUAAUGGCGUGGUCCUGGUCGCUGGGAGGAAGUGGACCAUGUGAAACAGGAAGUGGACCAUAUGAAUACAGGAAGUUGAGCGCCGAAGCCCGUUGAGGACUCAGACCAACCCCCCCCCCCCCGACACCCCUACCGCCCCCCCGUCACAAGCAUGGAGCCAGGGGAAGCCUCUCCCCUCCGACACUUCGUCCUGGCCAAGCGCACUGUCAACGGCAUCUUCGAACAGAUCCUGCUGUAUGCCAAGGAGGCCUCCGCCUUCGCAGAAGAGACGUGGUGUGGGUCGGAGGGCUCCAGCGUGGUGGGUCAGGCUCAGUGCGAGGAGCUGCUGAGCUGCUGCACCAAGCUGACCACCAUCAGAGACGUGCUGGCCAGGAGACACAUGAAGGUGGCCUUCUUCGGCAGGACCAGCAACGGUAAGAGUACGGUGAUCAACGCCAUGCUGCGUGACCGCGUGCUGCCCACGGGCAUCGGCCACACCACCAACUGCUUCCUGAGGGUGGAGGGCACGGACGGGGAGGAGCCCUACCUCACCACCGAGGCCUCCGCCGAGAGGAGGAGCCUGCAGACCGUGAACCACCUCGCCCAUGCGCUCCACAUGGAUCCUACGUUAGACUCUGGCAGUCUGGUCAAAGUGUUCUGGCCUAAGGGCCGCUGCACCCUGCUCAGAGACGACCUGGUUCUCAUGGACAGCCCUGGAACGGACGUGACGGAGGAGCUGGACAGCUGGAUCGACAAGUUCUGUUUGGACGCAGACGUCUUCGUCCUGGUGGGGAACGCAGAGUCCACCCUGAUGAACACGGAGAAGCUGUUCUUCCACAAGGUGAGCGAGCGGAUCUCCAAACCCAACAUCUUCAUCCUCCACAACCGCUGGGACGCCUCGGUCACAGAGCCCGACCACGUAGAGGAGGUGAGGAAGCAGCACCUGGACCGCGGGGCCAGCUUCCUGGCGGAGGAGCUGAGGGUGGUGAGCCUGGAGGAGGCGCCCGGACGGAUCUUCUUCGUCUCCGCCAAGGAGGUGUUGUACUCCAGGAUGCACCGCGCCCAGGGAAUGCCGGAGACAGGGGGCGCUCUGGCCGAGGGCUUCCACGAGAGACUCCGAGAGUUCCAGAGCUUUGAGCGGACGUUCGAGGAGUUCAUCUCCCAGUCGGCCGUGAAGACCAAGUUCGGCCAGCACACUGUGCGUGCGGGGCAGAUCACCCAGGCCGUCAGGGACGCCAUGGACGCCGUUAACAUUUCCGCUGCAGACAGGAAGAUAUGCUGCCUUGAAGAGCGGGAGGAUCUGCGGGACCGCCUGGACUUUGUCCGAGGUCAGAUGGGUCGUCUGAGCUCCAGCCUCCGGGACCAGAUCAGCACCCUGAGCGAGGACGUGGCCGCCCGGGUGGCGGCGGCCAUGUUGGAUCAGAUCCGGAGUCUGGCGGUGCUGGUGGAGGAGUUCCGGUCGGACUUCAACCCCACUCCCGACACCCUGGCCCUCUACAAGGCUAAACUGGUGUCCCAUGUGGAGGAGAGGAUGGUGAGCUCCUUGUCGUACCGCUGCUCCCCAGGAGUCGGCCAUGACGUCCAGGCGACCCAGACCAGCAUGAUGGAGAGCGUGCGCCCGCUGCUGUCCCUGGACGCCCAGGAGCACUUCCAGCUGCCGGGCUCCAGGCCCGACCUGCUUCUGGACCUGAACCUGGCCCAGCUCUGUGGAGACUUCCAGGAGGACAUCCGCUUCCGCUUCUCUCUGGGCUGGACCGCCCUGGUCACCCGGUUCAUCGGCCCCGUCAACGCCAAGAGGGCGCUGGCCGGCGUGGACCCCAGGAUCCAGAACAUGGUGCAGGAAGGAGCCAACCUGAAGGAUGAGAUGGUGGUCUCCAUAGCGACGGGCCUGGUGUCGGUGACCUCUCGCGCCUCCAUGACGGUGAUAGUCAUCGGUGGGGUGGUGUGGCGCUCGGUGGGCUGGCGUCUCAUCGCGCUGUCCCUGUCGCUCUACGGCCUGCUCUACCUGUACGAGAAGCUCACCUGGACGGAGGUGGCCCGGGAGCGCGCUCUGAAGCGCCAGUUCGUGGAGCACGCCUCGCAGCGGCUGCGGGCCCUCGUCCCCGUGGCCAGCCACGGCUGCAGCCAGCAGGUCCACUCACACCUGAUGUCGGUCUUCAGCCGCCUGAGUCAGCGUGUGGAUCUGAGCGAGGCGGAGCUGGAGGAGCAGAUCCGCCUGCUCACCUUCAAGAUUCAGCAGCUGGAAAGUGUCCAGCGCCGCUCCAAGGUCCUCAGGUCCGUCCAACCACCGCAGGAACUUCUUAAAUCACUCAGUUUAGCUAGCUGUAGCAGCAGCUUGUACCCAAAGCUACUUACGUUCAGGAACAGAGCCACUGAACUGCAAGGCCACCUGGAUGUUUUCUCAGCUCAGUACCUCCACGGCUGAACCACAACCAGACCAACACAACCGCUGGACUAGACACAAGAAUCUAGAUGGACUCCAAUCCAAGACUCCUCCGAGUAAAAUCCAUGCCUAAAUUCUUCUCCAGAUGCGAAUGAGAGGCAUUAGUCCAAUUUUUUAAAUGUUGUCCUCAAAAGCACACUGUGUAUUCUUGUGUGUGUGUGUCAGUAACUGGAGUCAGAAAAUUCUCAGAGGUGGGAUAAGAAUAACUUAGCAUUACAUAACAUCAAAAGGUCGAAAUCAUUUUUUUUCGUUUUUAUCCAACAAAGAGGACUUAAAAUCUACUGCAGACAGUUGUGGGUGGGAUCAAACUUAAGAUUCUUUGCCUGACACCCGGUGGCACAGCAAGCUUCAAACAGUCUUUCAUUUUUGGACUGCAAAUCUGCAAAUCUGAAAGCGACACCCCAGGUCAAAGUUAAAAUAACUCAAACUUUGAAGCGAGUCCCCUCUACUGUAUCGCGUCGCUAGGGCAGGGUGCAUGGCCCCCUCACCUCUCUGCCUGUGAUGCUUUCACUGCAGGGAAACGAUGGAGUGGGCUUUGCACCACGUCUCAAGUGGGCAGGCCUCCAACACCUACUCCUCAGAGACGUCCCAAUACACUGUCUUGUGAAGCUCACUUUAACCUUCUGUGUUUGUCAUGAGUCUUCUCGAUCGCACUACAAUUGAUGUCCAACAAUCUCCAAAGGGGACAUAAGAAUCACCUCAAUACUGUGAUACUUAGAGCUGACUGGUAGUCCUGUUUUGGCCUUCAAUAAAACACCUUUCUCAUAUUUAAACUGUUGGCCUGUAAAUCUCUAUCGUAUUAAAAAAGUUGGUUACUGAUUAGGAUAGUCUUGUAUAGCGACGUUUGUUGCUGAUAGAAUCUUAAUCUUGUUCUAGUCAUCACACAAACAAUUUCAAUCUAUUCACUUUUUCACUUUCUUUUUCCCUGGCUUAUUGUAAAAUAUACAAUGGUGGAGCCUGACAUACAACGGUCUCCGUGUGAAACAGCGCCCUCUGGUGCAGAGAGGAGGACCUCUGUAGAUCGCAUUCUCAGCACUUCUGUGAUAUAAAACGUACCUGUUUAGCUUGGUCUUCAGGGCUAUAAAUCAGCCUUAUUUAAAGGCAGAAUUUUUUUUACUGGGCAUUUCAGAGGUUUAUGGUUUAGUAUUUGUCUCCCUCUGUUGGAGGACUCGUAUAAUUUCACUCUUUGGGCAACCCCAUACCAUGGGACUUGGGUUAGUAGAUGAAAGGACAAUUGAUCAAACGCAUACAUCAGGAAUAUCAAAUCAGAUGUGAGGGAAUAGUUGAUUUAUAUCACAGUAUCUCGCAGUGUGCCUCAAAGCAUUUGGAUCACAAUAAUAAUUUAGAACAUAAGAUAAUAUAACUGAAUCUAUAAAAAAUUAAGUGCACAGGAUAACUAUCCUCCGAGUGAAGAAUCUGUAUCAAAUAAUCCACACCAGGUUUUUUAUUCACACCGUCCAGUGAAGAAAAUGAAGGAAGAUGGAUCUUUGCAUGCACGGAUUGGAAUCAGAGUGCGGCUCGAUUUAAACCGAGUGGAUUUCGGUCCAGAGCUCCUAGAAUUUAAUAUUCGACAGCAGGGCUCUCUUCCUUCCAAUAAACUUCCCAGAGGUGUGAAAGGAGGCCUAGCGGAGUUGGGCGUAGUCUUCAUGACAGCGUUGAUAAGGGUAUCUGUCGGGGGACGGGAGAGUAACCUCCACCCUCCGUACCCUUUCCCCUAACAGACAGAUCUAAGACGUAAUGAGUUAUUAACCGGCUCACAUUAUCCUACAAGUAUCCACUCUGUGCCAGUGAGGUGGGCUUCUGCACACAGCUGCUUAGAUCACAUGUAUUUCAUCCAGCCCUCGCUCAAACACAAUCUUAAAACAUGUGUCUUGCGGUUAGAUCAUCCCGUGGGUCGUCCCUGUUGGCAUAGAUCUACAACUCAUAUCUAUGCAAUAUAAGCAUAUUUUUUGUUUAAACUCAUUUCAGUCCUUGUUCUGGUUGUGUUUGCUUCCACUCUGUGCAGCCAUUUUGCUUCAAAAGUGCGGUAUAAAUAAAGUAGGAUUGAUUGGU